GAUUCAGGUGUCUAGAGUUCAGACGGCCUACGCCUAUCGCUCCCAACAGAUAAAGGCGAGAAAUUUCUAAGUCGUCUUCCGGAGAAACACUGCAAAAACAUGGUAUGAAAGCAGCAUGCGCCGGCCCUUCUGUGGACCUGCACUUGCCAACUACCCGCCACUACUUCUGCCCUUCCCCACGUGAUUCCUCCGCCGCCCUUCAUCACUUUCUCCUUCGUCCUCCACCUUUCACCUUCCCUAAAUUUGCCCAUCUUACUCUCCAUCUUCUUCCAUUGCUGCUGAUUAAAAAAAAAAAAACUGCGGAGCCAUUGCCUCCAUUUUUAGCUCGAAAUACCCAUCUCGUUAGAUGUCCGUAACUUGUGGAGUAGAAUGCGUAGUGUUGAUAGGUUGUUCCAGGUGGGCAUGGAAGCGCUGUACCUAUGUGGGUUCAAACGAUAGUGAGACUUGGCCUAUGGCCACGCCGGAGGAGUUCGAGCCUGUACCCAGAAUCUGUCGCUUAAUCAUGGCUAACUACGAGACUGAUCUCCGCAACCCCCAAUUAUCCCCCGAAGGCGGCUACCGGCUCAACCCCGACUGGGUCCUCAAGCGCGUCACCUACGCGCAGACCGAAGGUCGAUCCCCGCCUUACCUCAUCUACGUCGACCAUGACUUGAAAGAAAUAGUCGUUGCCAUUCGUGGGCUUAAUCUUGUGAAAGAGAGCGACUACAAGGUGCUAUUGGAUAAUCGUUUGGGUAUGCAGAUGUUUGAUGGGGGUUAUGUGCAUUGUGGGUUGUUGAAAUCGGCGACUUGGUUGCUUAAUCAGGAGUCGGAGACGCUCAAGAGGGUGUGGGAGGAGAAUGGAAGGCAGUAUUCCAUGGUAUUCACUGGACAUUCUCUGGGGUCGGGAGUGGCGGCCCUGCUGACGGUGGUUGUGGUGAACCAUAGGGACGAAUUAGGUGGGAUUCCGAGGGAUAAGAUCCGGUGUUAUGCUGUGGCGCCUGCUAGGUGUAUGUCGCUUAACUUAGCUGUCAAGUACGCCGAUGUCAUUAACUCUAUUGUGCUGCAGGAUGAUUUCUUGCCAAGAACACCAACUCCUUUAGAGGAUAUUUUCAAGUCAAUCUUCUGCUUACCCUGCUUCUUAUUAUUGGUCUGCUUGAGAGAUACAUUCAUACCAGACGAUAGGAAACUCGGGGAUCCGAGAAGGCUUUAUGUGCCUGGGCGGAUGUACCAUAUUGUGGAGAGAAAAUUUUGCAGAUGUGGUAGGUUUCCCCCUGAAGUAAGAACUGCCAUUCCUGUUGAUGGGAGAUUUGAGCAUAUUGUCUUAUCAUGUCAUGCAACUGCUGAUCAUGCAAUAAUUUGGAUAGAAAGGGAAUCAGAGAAGGCUUUAGAGCUAAUAAGGGAAAGCAAGCCGGAGCCAACAGUUCCUCCAAAAGUGCAGAAACUGGAGAGGUUGCAGACUAUUGAGAAAGAGCACAAAGAUGCAUUAGAAAGGGCUGUCAGUUUGAAUAUACCUCAUGCUGCUGUGCUGACAGCAGACAAACCAUCCGAUGAGAAGGAAGAAAAGCCUUCCCAGGCCGAAGGAGAUGAUGCCCCAAAAACUAAAUCGAAAUCCAGUUCAGGAAAGAAAAAAUGGGAUACACUUGUUGAAAAACUUUUCAAGAAGAAUGACACAGGGAACAUAGUCAUAAAGGAGGAAACAGAUAGCCCAGAAUGAGAGCAUUUAUUUUCUCUUCAUUUUAUCUUCUUGAAUGCGUUAUUUUAGGCUGGUGCUGGUUAAACCUGUAAUUGUCUUGUUUCCCUUUUUCUUUUUUCAUUCUUGAUUCUUUCUGGUUGCCAUUCCCUUGUACAUUGAACAUCUUCUCUUGUAGAAAUAAUUUUCGAACACAUGUACAACUACAAACCCAUUUGGGGGAAUACAAAAUAUAUACCAUAGACAGAAGGAAGAUGCCUUCAAAAUUCGACU